AUGGGCGAAAGUAAUGUAUUCAACACGUUCAGCUUCAACAAGUGGGCUUCGUCAAAGAAAGAAGAAGAAAUUGGCAAAGAAUCACGUCGACGUCGCGAUCUGCAGAUGAAACGGCUGAAAGAACGGUUAGCUCAUGAACGUCAAUUGCGUGAAGCAGGAGGUGAUGGAGAUUUGGACUUGGAAGCAUUAAUCGAAGCUUUACAGAAGGGAGAUGAAAUCAAUGGAGAAGGAAUCAACUUGCCCACAAAUGCAAUCAAUGAAGCUUCUGAUGAUUUCAUACUCGAUGAGAUUCGACGAUAUGAAAAUACACAUACUGGACCACCAGGCACAUCCAGCUUCAGCAUCGAUUCUCGUUUUUGGAAAUACAAUAGACGUCAAGCUGAUCUGAUAAGCCCGGAAGAAAGGGAGCAAAAAUCCUCAGACGAACGGAAUAAGCUCGCCCAACCUGCUGAUUCGCUCAGCUUCAAGUAUAAUCGGUUUGUAACAAAAACGUAG